AUGUCAAAUGACGUCGGAGAGGAGGAUCAAGUCCUCGUUCGCAAAGUUACACCGGCUCGCGACGUCGUGCUCCAAAUAUGGCAGGGGCGUCGCUUGUUCUCAGACGCAGAGAUUGACACCGUCGCCCGGCGCCUCGAGGCGGAGGCUGAACGCGCUCCCUCUGACGCUGACGCGGCGACUGGCUUCCGGCUGAAAGACCUCCAGAUUGGUGACCCGCGCCCUGAGCCCUUGUGGGACGCCCAGGGCUCGAACAACGCGCUGGAACACUUUGACGAAACGACACAAGAACUCGCAUUUCGAUUCAUCAAGUCUGAUGCCCGUAUUGAGCAGAAAUUGAGGCGGCCGCUCGCUUGGAUUCAGCUUGACGGGGUGCGCCGCACAUUCUACGCUUACCAAGUCUACCUGGCCUUCCUGAUGCUGGUCGAGGAGCGGGGGUCGCGCCGGGGUAUGAUCGUGGCAGAUGAACAAGGCCUCGGCAAGACCACGGAAGUCCUUCUCUACAUCCUAUUCAAUUACCUCCUCGUCGAGAACCGCCGCCACUGCAACGCACAUCCCCAGAGGCACCUCGGCCCUGCCGACGACCCCAACUCGAGAUGCCCGUCCGCCCACCUGUGGCCCAUCGUCUGCUGGUGCGAACAGAACGUCACCCGCGAGCUGUCGCUGUCACCUCGUAGCGGGGCCACGCUGCUGUUCGUCCCUAAGAAUUUGUUGCCGACGUGGAAGGCCGAAUGGACUGCGCUGGGCGUGCAGACUUCGAAAUACGCGUUACACCUGUUCGUGCACCACAGCCGAAGCCCCUCGUCCCGCUACGUGGGCGGCGAGUACCGUGCCGACCUCUGCCUCGUCCAGCACGACACGGGCGCUUGGUGUCCGAGAGAUGCCUCCCGGGCGCACUCUGUGAUUGUGGCCACCACCCCAGGCAGCUAUCCCCGCCAUGUCCUAUCCUACUUCCGUCGGUCGCGUCGGGUGUCGCAGGCAGAUGGGUCCCUAUCUGGCUCGACAGGCUACGAUGAUGGUCUCGCGUGGGCCCGUGUGAUUUACGACGAAGCCCAUCGCGGACUGUCGGAGGAGACUAUAGCGACGGCGAUCUUGCGAUCGCUGUCGCAGAAACAGGGAGAGCCGCCCAACUUCGCCUUUCUCACUGGGACGCCCGAGCUCCGUAACGGCAUCGCGGACGCCCUCCCUCUGGUCGAGAUCAUCAACGCGGCAUCCCCUUCCAUCGGUCGGCAUGACCUGUGUCGAAAAUUCGCAUCACACGCCAACCUGCAAACGAUACGCAACACCCAACGAAAGCUCCAGCGGCGAAGCCUCGACCGCGACAAGAGGACCGCGUUCGCCGCCACCGUCGCCGCCUUGCGAGUGGCAUACAUGGUCAAGCGCACGCAGGAGAGCAUCCAGAAUGGCAAACCUCUAACACAGGUCCCGCCCCUCGAACUCUUUGACGUCUGGUGCACCUCGCCGUCGCGGCAUACCAAGAUUCCAAUCGCCGAGGUCGAAUCGCACGUCAAGAAAAGUCUCCUCAACGCCUGGCCGCCAGGGACUAGCGGCCCUACGACAUCUAUAACGAUGGAAGAGCUGCUUCGCGUGGCAGUUCGUGCCCGGAUGAUCGCCACCGUCCCGGGACUGGCCAGAUUCCCGCCGGAGAAAUUGACCAUCGAAUGCAUUAAGAAGGAGUUGAGGCACCGCCGAGGGCGCUCUGGUCGACUGUACAAGCACUUCGUAGAGCUGUACGAGGGAAGUGCAAAGUUGCAGGUGCUCGCGAGUAUCAUUGACCGGCUGGGCACCGACGCGGAAGGCGAGCCCGAGCACCUUGUGGUGUUGUCCGAAUUCCCCGUGAUCUGCGAAUGCGUGCAGAUGCUGUGUCUAGAAAAGGACAUUAAAUCUCGCUGGGUCGACAGUACCACCGACCUCGCCGAACGGGGGCGGAUCGUCGAGACUUUCCAAACUGGGACCAAGUUACGCCCCCGCGAGCACCGGCCUCGCGUCCUGAUCGGCACCGUCGACGUUCUCGGUUUCGGCGUCACGCUGGGCAAGUCCGCCCGACUCGUUCUGAUGGAGCCAAGCCACCACCGGGCGGUCGAGGCGCAGGCUGCGAAACGCGUCAAUCGGAUCGGCAGUCGUAGCGAUCGAUGCUGCUUCUAUCGCCUUACCAACCCCGACUCUGCCGUGGAGAAGCUCUUAGUGGCCUCUCAAGACAGACAAGCUCGAUUUGGGGACCUCGUUAGCCGUUUCCUCUAUGGCGCACAGCCCUGA